GCCCGACCUACUAAACAUUUAUUGACAUUUCUCUCAGGGGUCCUGAGUGUUCUUUCCUAAACCACUUCGUUAUUGUUUAAGGUUUUAUAACAUUCAAGAACUUGAGUUGGGGACGUCUCGUCCGGGUCGACUUUGAGCCGCCCUGCGCCACCAUGUCGGCCCGCGUUCCCGCUGCGCUGCUGCUCUUGAUGCUCCGGGCGGCCCUGCUCAGCGGGGGGGACCCCGCCGCCCCCCCGCCCCCGUCCCGCCGGGAGAUCCGCAUGGAGGGGGACCUGGUGCUGGGGGGCCUGUUCCCGGUGCACGAGAAGGGGGCGGGGCUGGAGGAGUGCGGCCGGGUCAACGAGGACCGGGGCAUCCAGCGGCUGGAGGCCAUGCUGUUCGCCAUCGACCGCAUCAACAGCGACCCCAUGCUGCUGCCGGGCGUGUCCCUGGGGGUGCACAUCCUGGACACCUGCUCCAGGGACACCUACGCUCUGGAGCAGACUCUGGAGUUUGUGCGGGCGCCCCUGACCAGGUCGGAAGACACAGAGUUCAUCUGUCCGGACGGCUCCUGUGGCCGGCAGGACGACAACCCCCUGGCCAUCGCCGCAGUCAUAAGGGGCCACGAGAGCGUGUCCAUACAGAUCCCCCAGAUCAGCUACGCCUCCACCAGCGCCAAGCUCAGCGACAAGUCGCGCUACGACUACUUUGCCCGCACCGUGCCCCCAGACUUCUACCAGGCCAAGGCCAUGGCCCAGAUCCUGCGCACCUUCAACUGGACCUACGUGUCCACCGUGGCGUCGGAGGGCGACUACGGCGAGACGGGCAUCGAGGCCUUUGAGCAGGAGGCGCGGAUGAGGAACAUCUGCAUCGCCACCUCCGAGAAGGUGGGACGCUCCAACGCCAAGAAGUCCUACGAGGCGGUGAUCCGCCAGCUCCUGCAGAAGCCCAACGCCCGCGUGGCCGUUCUGUUCCUCCGCAGCGACGACGCCCGCGAGCUCCUGUCCGCGGCCGCCAGACUCAACACCUCCUUCAUCUGGGUGGCCAGUGACGGCUGGGGCGCGCAAGAGAGCAUCGUCAAGGGCAACGAGCUGACCGCCGAAGGCGCCAUCACCCUGGAGCUCUCGGCCAAUCCAGUGCCCGAAUUCAACCGCUACUUCCUCGGUUUGGAUCCCGGGGUAAACCGACGGAAUCCCUGGUACAGGGAAUUCUGGGAGCAGAGGUUCCAGUGCUCGUUGGGAGUAGGAGGUGGAGGAGGAGGAGGGCCGGGGUCCGGGGGGUCCGACCCCGAGACGCGGAGACACCUCCCGCCCUGCGACCCCCACCUGUCCAUGGACCGCAGCGGCUUCGAACCGGAGUCCAAGAUCAUGUUUGUGGUGAACGCGGUGUACGCCAUGGCCCACGCCCUGCACCGCAUGCAGCAGAGCCUGUGCUCCAACACCACCCAGCUCUGCGACGCCAUGAAGUCCCUGGACGGCCGCAGACUCUACCGGGAGUUCAUCCUCAACGUGAGCUUCACAGCCCAGGGUGACGGUCUGGGCCGGUACAACAUCUUCAGCUACCAGCGCUCCGGCGAUCGCUACGGUUACGUGCCGGUGGGGGAAUGGGCGGAGACCCUGAGCCUGAACAGCGACCUCAUCCACUGGCCCCGGGACACCGUGCCCCCGUCCCAGUGCAGCGACCCGUGCGCCCGCAACGAGAUGAAGAAGAUGCAGGCAGGUGAGUACUGCUGCUGGAUCUGCACCGCCUGUGAACCUCACGAGUACCUGGCCGACGAGUUCACCUGCGCCCCGUGCUCGCCCGGCCAGUGGCCCACCGACGACCUCACUUCCUGUCACAACCUCCCCGAGGCUACCUGAGCCUGAACAACGACCUCAUCCACUGGUCCCGGGACACCGUGCCCGUGCGCCCGCAACGAGAUGAAGAAGAUGCAGGCAGGUGAGAGAGGAGCCAUGCAAGAACGUGAGAGGGGGAGGCUGUCGCCGCACCCAAGAGCUUCCUUCAUCCACCCAUCACUGCAUCCACCCAUCACUGCAUCCACCCAUCACUGCAUCCACCCAUCAAGCCGUUCGUCCAUGCGUUCCUUCUUUCAUCCAUUUAUCCAUUCAUUACCUGUUUAAAAUGUUGUAAGAGUGCUAAGCAUGGAAACGGCCCGGCGUUAUGAGCUAUGCUCUUAGUUCUGUCUCUAACCCCCUACUGUUCUUAAGGAUUUGAUCAAGGGAGCAACUGAGUGAUUGGUCUUGGCACCAAAUGGCCAUUCUCUCAUCUUGUGGUCCAUCAACAGAUCCCCCACAGACCAACUGGUUUCGGGGGUUAUCUCGCCCAGCUUUCACACUGUCGCGGUUUCGACCAGGCCAGGCCAACGAGAGCUUCUGAGAGACCAAACUUAAAGGGCUCUAGCCAAUUCAUUAAACACAAACAACACAAAACAGUAUAACAUAUAUUGACCUCAAAACGGUCCCUCUGCUCAGACAGAGUCAUCCAGUAAGCCUAACCUUCCACAAAUGCUUGCUAUGCAUGGUGUGUAUAUAGGCCAGCUUCAACUAGCUUCAACUAACCGCCCACAUGGCAAUACCAUCCAUAUACACAGUACAAUAUACUGCUUCCGCAGCCAGAGAAUAAACUGUCAACCUAUUUGAUGGGGUACAUGCAGCAACAACAUAAUUCAUAUUUUUUUACUGACGCACCAAUAAACAUGCUGGUCAUUGAGCAACGCUGCUUAUACAUAUUAUGUAUGAAACCAAAUGGCUCAAUCUGUCAUGUGUCACACAUGAGGCCUUUAUAAACCCCCCCCGUGGGUGUGUUGUCGCUUAACAAGAGUGGUACGUAUGCUUCCUCUGGUGGUCUAUAGUGCAUACAGGUAAUGCUUGAUAAACAGGAUAAAGAAUGUCAUUUGGACUUAUUUAGAAUUGUGUGGCGCCUUAAAUUCAAUAAACCUUCCUCCUGCAAUCUA